AUGCGUUUACUUUGGAUUUAUAUCCUUGCCUUGGCAAUCAUCCUUGCUUUCGUUUUUCAGAAUGUUAAUGCUGACGAUAUGCACCAUAAGAAAGGUUCGAAUCAAAAAGGUAUGAUUCACGAGAAAAAUGGUCAACCACGUCGUCACCAUCCGGAGGCUGCCAGAGAUGAUCAUCGUUCACCUUCUAGCAACCGUGGCCGUGAUCGUUCACAUUCAAAAUCGCGCGAUCACGAUUCACCAUCGAAUCGCCAUCGGGAUCGUUCAUCUCAACAUGAUCGUAAACAUAAAGACAGAAAACAAAACAAAGAUAAACACAAAAAGCAUCGCGAUAGCAAAAAACAUCAUCGCGAUGACAGAAUGUCUCAUCAUUAA